AGGCGUGAGCCACGAGGCCCCAUAUGCUUUUCUUAUGUGUCGUUGACACUCAUCCCAUCAAGAGGUAGGAACUGUGUUCCCCUUCUCUUGAAUCUGGCUGAGUGGACCCGUGACUACCGUGAUGUUAUAUCACUUGCAAAGGUAGGUCAUAAAGCUGUUGAUAUCAGGGACAAAUACUAAUAGAAUAACUCCUAUUCCAGUGUGUACAUAUUUGAAAGCCCAUGUACAUGAUAAAUAUAUUAACUUUUUGCCAAUUUUUUUUUCUUUUAGACUGAGUCACUCUUUCACCUAGGCUGGAGUACAGUGGCAUGAUCUCAGCUCACUGCAACCUCUGCCUUCCAGGCUCAAGUGAUUCUCCUGCCUUGGUCUCCUGAGUAGCUGAGAUUACAGGCAUGCACCACCACACCCGGCUAAUUUUUAUAUUUUUAGUAGAGACAGGGUUUCACCAUGUUGGCCAGGCUGGUCUUGACCUCCUGACCUCAAGUGAUUCACCCGCCUUGGCCUCCCAAGGUGUUGGGAUUACAGGCCUGAGCCACCGGGCACCCGGCACAUUUUAUCCAUUUAAAAACGAAUAACAAAAAUAAGAAUAACAAUUAUACCACUGAUAUUUAACAUGGCUCUGGAUGUUCUAGUCAGUGCCUCCAGAUGAGAGAAGUAUAUAAAUAUCAAAAAUCGGUGCACACCACUGCGCCCAGCAAGGAAACAUCUUUUAAAAAUGGGAGACAUCAGGCCAUAUUAGAGGCUCAAUCCAAUAGUGAAGGCGAGGCCGAUGAUACAAGAGAAUAAUUGAAGAAGCGACGCCCUUGAGAAUGCUUGAAGCCCUGGGAUGCCAAGUGCAAGCGGAGCGAUUGUCCUUUAACCAGAACACUUUGUCUGCUAUUGAAAAAAAGUGGAAAGAGGUUAUGAAGAAUGGUGCAGAUAUUAGAAGUUUUGUAGAAUUUUUUUUUUUGGAGACGGAGUCUCGCUCUGCCCAGGCUGGAGUGCCGUUGCGGGAUCUGCAAUCUCCACCUCCCGUGUUCAAUCUAUUCUCCUACCUCAGCCUCCCGAGUAGCUGGGAUUACAGGCGCGUGCCACCACGCCCGGCUAAUUUUUGUAUUCUUAGUAGAGAUGGGGUUUCACCGUGUUGGCCAGGCUGGUCUCAACUGCUGACCUCGUGAUCCUCCCGCCUCAGCCUUCCGAAGUGCUGGGAUUACAGGCGUGAGCCUCCAUGCCCGGCCAGAAGUUUUGUAGAUUUAGCCUUGGCAUGAUCAAGGAGUUCCUAUCCGACAGUUUCUAUUUUCUCAAUGAGUUUUCCGAAAAAAAGGGGAGAGGCUGUUUCCCAGGGAGUGCACAAUUCUGAAGGCUAACCGGGGACGCCUGGUUUUGGGCAACUACAAAUGGUUGUGUUCAAACUAAGCGUGUGUUGGACACGGGUUGGAAUGUCAAGAGAGAAGGCAGGAGCGUUUAGUCUGCUUCAGAUAUGAAGACUCCCUGUAUUCCCAGUCCUAAGCAAGGGAGCAAAGGCAGGGGCCAGAGUCCUGCUGCUCAGGUGAGCCACCCCACGUGGAACGCGCUGGCGCGGGAGGGGCGGCCUGGCGCAGGUCAUUUGGGACCUCUGCGGGUUGGCGCAUGCGCGCGAGGUGCGCAGGCUCGCGCCUCUUUCCCUUUUAUAAGUUUUCUAUGUUACCCCUGGUUCCGCUGUCUUUUCUGUCUACAGUUUGCGAUCCCCGCGUCCAGGAUGGAGCAGCUGAACGAACUGGAGCUGCUGAUGGAGAAGAGUUUUUGGGAGGAGGCGGAGCUGCCGGCGGAGCUAUUUCAGAAGAAAGUGGUAGCUUCCUUUCCAAGAACAGUUCUGAGCCGAGGAAUGGAUAACCGGUACCUGGUGUUGGCAGUCAAUACUGUACAGAACAAAGAGGGAAACUGUGAAAAGCGCCUGGUCAUCACUGCUUCACAGUCACUAGAAAAUAAAGAACUAUGCAUCCUUAGGAAUGACUGGUGUUCUGUUCCAGUAGAGCCAGGAGAUAUCAUUCAUUUGGAGGGAGACUGCACAUCUGAUACUUGGAUAAUAGAUAAAGAUUUUGGAUAUUUGAUUCUGUAUCCAGACAUGCUGAUUUCUGGCACAAGCAUAGCCAGUAGUAUUCGAUGUAUGAGAAGAGCUGUCCUGAGUGAAACUUUUAGGAGCUCUGAUCCAGCCACACGCCAAAUGCUAAUUGGUACGGUUCUCCAUGAGGUGUUUCAAAAAGCAAUAAAUAAUAGCUUUGCCCCAGAAAAGCUACAAGAACUUGCUUUUCAAACAAUUCAAGAAAUAAGACAUUUGAAGGAAAUGUACCGCUUAAAUCUAAGUCAAGAUGAAAUAAAACAAGAAGUAGAGGACUAUCUUCCUUCGUUUUGUAAAUGGGCAGGAGAUUUCAUGCAUAAAAACACUUCGACUGACUUCCCUCAGAUGCAGCUGUCUCUGCCAAGUGAUAAUAGUAAGGAUAAUUCAACAUGUAACAUUGAAGUCGUGAAACCAAUGGAUAUUGAAGAAAGCAUUUGGUCCCCUAGGUUUGGAUUGAAAGGCAAAAUAGAUGUUACAGUUGGUGUGAAAAUACAUCGAGGGUAUAAAACGAAAUACAAGAUAAUGCCACUGGAACUUAAAACUGGCAAAGAAUCAAAUUCUAUUGAACACCGUAGUCAGGUUGUUCUGUACACUCUACUAAGCCAAGAGAGAAGAGCUGAUCCAGAGGCUGGCUUGCUUCUCUACCUGAAGACUGGUCAGAUGUACCCUGUGCCUGCCAACCAUCUAGAUAAAAGAGAAUUAUUAAAGCUAAGAAACCAGAUGGCAUUCUCAUUGUUUCACCGUAUUAGCAAAUCUGCUACUAGACAGAAGACACAGCUUGCUUCUUUGCCACAAAUAAUUGAAGAAGAGAAAACUUGUAAAUAUUGUUCACAAAUUGGCAAUUGUGCUCUUUAUAGCAGAGCAGUUGAACAACAGAUGGAUGGUAGUUCAGUCCCAAUUGUGAUGCUGCCCAAAAUAGAAGAAGAAACCCAGCAUCUGAAGCAAACACACUUAGAAUAUUUCAGCCUUUGGUGUCUAAUGUUAACCCUGGAGUCACAAUCGAAGGAUAAUAAAAAGAAUCACCAAAAUAUCUGGCUAAUGCCUGCUUCGGAAAUGGAGAAGAGUGGCAGUUGCAUUGGAAACCUGAUUAGAAUGGAACAUGUAAAGAUAGUUUGUGAUGGGCAAUAUUUACAUAAUUUCCAACAUAAACAUGGUGCCAUACCUGUCACAAAUCUAAUGGCAGGUGACAGAGUUAUUGUAAGUGGAGAAGAAAGGUCACUGUUUGCUUUGUCUAGAGGAUAUGUGAAGGAGAUUAACAUGACAACAGUAACUUGUUUAUUAGACAGAAACUUGUCGGUCCUUCCAGAAUCAACUUUGUUCAGAUUAGACCAAGAAGAAAAAAAUUGUGAUAUAGAUACCCCAUUAGGAAAUCUUUCCAAAUUGAUGGAAAACACAUUUGUCAGCAAAAAACUUCGAGAUUUAAUUAUUGACUUUCGUGAACCUCAGUUUAUAUCCUAUCUUAGUUCUGUUCUUCCACAUGAUGCAAAGGAUACAGUUGCGUGCAUUCUAAAGGGUUUGAAUAAGCCUCAGAGGCAAGCGAUGAAAAAAGUACUUCUUUCAAAAGACUACACACUCAUCGUGGGUAUGCCUGGGACAGGAAAAACAACUACGAUAUGUACUCUCGUAAGAAUUCUCUACGCCUGUGGUUUUAGCGUUUUGUUGACCAGCUAUACACACUCUGCUGUUGACAAUAUUCUUUUGAAGUUAGCCAAGUUUAAAAUAGGAUUUUUGCGUUUGGGUCAGACUCAGAAGGUUCAUCCAGCUGUCCAGCAAUUUACAGAGCAAGAAAUUUGCAGAUCAAAGUCCAUUAAAUCCUUAGCUCUUCUAGAAGAACUCUACAAUAGUCAACUUAUAGUUGCAACAACAUGUAUGGGAAUAAACCAUCCAAUAUUUUCCCGUAAAAUUUUUGAUUUUUGUAUUGUGGAUGAAGCCUCUCAAAUUAGCCAACCAAUUUGUCUGGGCCCCCUUUUUUUUUCACGGAGAUUUGUGUUAGUUGGGGACCAUCAGCAGCUUCCUCCCCUGGUGCUAAACCGUGAAGCAAGAGCUCUUGGCAUGAGUGAAAGCUUAUUCAAGAGGCUGGAGCAGAAUAAGAGUGCUGUUGUACAGUUAACCGUGCAGUACAGAAUGAACAGUAAAAUUAUGUCCUUAAGUAAUAAGCUGACCUAUGAGGGCAAGCUGGAGUGUGGAUCAGACAAAGUGGCCAAUGCAGUGAUAAAACUACCUCACUUUAAAGAUGUGAAGCUGGAACUGGAAUUUUAUGCUGACUAUUCUGAUAAUCCUUGGUUGAUGGGAGUAUUUGAACCCAACAAUCCUGUUUGUUUCCUUAAUACAGACAAGGUUCCAGCGCCAGAACAAGUUGAAAAAGGUGGUGUGAGCAAUGUAACAGAAGCCAAACUCAUAGUUUUCCUAACCUCCAUUUUUGUUAAGGCUGGAUGCAGUCCCUCUGAUAUUGGUAUUAUUGCACCGUACAGGCAGCAAUUAAAGAUCAUCAAUGAUUUAUUGGCACGUUCUUCUAUUGGGAUGGUCGAAGUUAAUACAGUAGACAAAUACCAAGGAAGGGACAAAAGUAUUGUCCUAGUAUCUUUUGUUAGAAGUAAUAAGGAUGGAACUGUUGGUGAACUCUUGAAAGAUUGGCGACGUCUUAAUGUUGCUAUAACCAGAGCCAAACAUAAACUGAUUCUUCUGGGGUGUGUGCCCUCACUAAACUGCUAUCCUCCUUUGGAGAAGCUGCUUAAUCAUUUAAACUCAGAAAAAUUAAUCAUUGAUCUUCCAUCAAGAGAACAUGAAAGUCUUUGCCACAUAUUGGGUGACUUUCAAAGAGAAUAAAACACUAUUUCCCUUGCCUUUUCUUACUAGGGCAGUAUCUCCUCUAGCUAGUGCCCAUACAGAAAAUUCUAUCACCAUACAAAAUUUAAUGCAGUAUUUAUGUUUUUAAGCACAGGUGUACCGAAAACUGUGAAAAGUCUAAAUUUAUGGGUUCUAUACGUGCAUUUUUGCCUGACCUAGAAAAAGAGUUUGAUAAAUUUUUACCAGCUUUGAAGAUGGAUUAACUUUUGACUUUGAGCUUUAAACUUUUAAGUCAGACAUUUCAGGACUAAUUUGAUUUUGUAGAUAUCAUUGUAAGAACUUUAUUUGAAAGACUGGAUAAAGGGAUUUGAUUUGUUUUCAUCAUUUAAGCACAGUGUUGUGAUGAUGAGAACACAAGUGUGAUUCUUUUCUGUAUUUUGAGGUCCCUAAUCCAAAGCCCAUUUUGCUAGGAUUUUUUCUGCUAUCAGAUGUGUUUUCACUCUAAACCUAGUCUUUUAUGACAUUAAUUGAUUACUUCCUGUUAAUUUUCUAUCCUCCCUUACUAUUCCCCUUUUUUGUUUUCAGUAUUCAGUAUUUCAGUAUUCUAGAGUAGAUUUUGAUAUAAAAGAAAAUAAUUCUUACAUCAUCUUUUGCAACAAAUUUUGUUUUCUGAAUUGAUAAUAAAUUUAAAAAGUUGAUUCCUAUUUUUACAUAUGUUCAUAUGCCCCUAUGUUUGGGGGUAUCACUCAGUUCUCCUUUUUUGUGUAAAGAUGUUUUGUAAAACAAAAUUGUCUCAAAGUGAUUAUAUUGUAUAUAUAAAAAGUAACAGAUUUUAACAAAGGUUAAAAGAUUCUUGGGGUAACAGAUUCUUCUGGGGGUUGGAAAUCUUCCAUUUCUCGAGGGUUUUUUUUAAUGAAUGUUAAAUAUGUUAAAAUUUUUAUUUCUACCUCAUGUGUUUUUUUAAAUUAUUACUUGAAGUUUUUUAUUUAAUAAAUUUUUUCUACUAAUG